AUGAGCACAUCCAUCCCCGGCUACGCGGUUGCCCCCCAAGUGCCAACCUCUACGCUCGCGAGCACCACCAGGUCGGGCCCCGCGCGCCGCCCCGCCACGUACCCUCCCGGAAUGACCAUCUGGAUCCUGGGAAUCUCGGCCGCUCUCACCGUUGCCUUUGCUCUCGGCGCCACCAUCAUGGUCGCCAUCGGCGAGCUUGGCGCGGGUGGAAUGUACUUCGCCCUUGCCGCCCUCUUUGUCCUUGUUGUCAUCUCGUGCAAGGAAUAG